CCACGUGUCUACGUAAUGGAAAGCUGAUUUCUCGUUUCGAACCCAUCCUCACCCGCGCCUGCCUGCCUGUCUCCGGCGUAAGGGUAAGCACCGGGACCACGCGCACACAUCUCUACCGGAUACGUAAUACUUUUGGGAGACGGGCUGUAGUCAGCUUCUUUUCAUCAACAAGGUGUUGAGGGGGAAAGGAAAAGAAGAGUGGGUAAAGAGAAAAACUGCAACAAACCGGAUAGAAGAAAAGAAGCCUACCAGCAGCAGUGCAGUGGGACCCUAUCUGAGAAGCAUGGAUUAUUAAUAAAAAGCUUGGGCUUUAUCAAAUAUUCAACACAUUUUUUAAAGACGCAGUAAGAAAGGAAAUGGUAAUUGAUUCAUGCUGUGAUUUACAGUAAGAGCGAGUAGCCUUAACCAACGUGACGACGCGACUUGAUUUGGAUUCGGGGCAUCAGCGAUUGGCUAUGCGUUGUUGGUUAGAAAGCUCCGCUGCAGUGUUCGCAUAGAGAUGGUACCUCUACCGGCUCACUAACGGACCGAACCCACAUCCACCCUCACCCCGGGAACGUACGAACUAAUAUGCAAUGGUUUUUUGUCCAGAAAUCCUCUGCCUUUCGCCGUCUACACGCUAGCUCCGCAUGUCUGUCUGCCGCACCGCUCCCCCUGUGCGGCAGAUGCGAUCUAAAGAGUCUAUUUGGGCUUCUGACGCGCCGGCCAGGCGGCAGCAGCAGUACCCGCAGCAGCGAUACCGCUAACAAACAGGAGCAAGUGGAUGAAACCGUAGCAGUUGCCUUCAUUCUGAGGUAUAACGAAGCGUUUCUGCAUCUUAGCGCCAACGCGGAGGACCCGGGGAUUCACCUGUUCUGUUCUAUGGUACAGCUGGUUGGGCCGAGUCGCCGAGCUAAGCCCAACGGGACCUGGCUGUUAUGCAAGCGGGGGGAGCGAGUCCCCAUGAGGGUGUCUAGGCUGCUGGAGCGCUCUUCGACCAAAUCGAUGAGGUUUCUUUGGAACAUUUUCAGCAAAGGAUCGCAUAUGCUGCAGUGUCUUUGUGGCAAGAGUCUCAAGAAAACCAAGAACCCAACUGAUCCACAGCUCAAGGGCAUUGUGACCAGGCUGUAUUGCAGGCAGGGAUACUACUUGCAGAUGAACCCAGAUGGAUGUCUGGAUGGGACCAAAGAUGAUGGCACUAACUCCUCUCUGUUUAACCUCAUCCCAGUGGGCCUUCGAGUGGUGGCCAUCCAGUCCGUCAAGACUGGCCUGUACAUCGCCAUGAAUGGGGAAGGACACCUCUACUCAUCAGAGCUUUUCACGGCAGAGUGUAAGUUUAAGGAGUCUGUGUUUGAGAACUACUAUGUGAUCUACUCGUCGAUGCUGUACAGACAAAAUGAGUCUGGGAGGGCCUGGUUCCUGGGACUCAACAAGGAGGGACAAGCCAUGAAAGGCAACCGUGUGAAGAAGACCAAACCAGCCGCUCACUUCCUGCCCAAACCCAUAGAAGUUGCAAUGUACAAGGAGCCAUCGUUGCAUGACGUCAGGGAGACGUUGCCUAAAGUUGCCGGAGUCCCACCCAGCAAAAGUACAACCAGUGAACCGGUGGCCAUGAACGGGGGAAAGCCUAUCAACAAACCCGACCCAAAGGAGACUGCGACAUAACCUCGCCCCUCCUCUCCCGCCGCAUAACAGAGACAUGAGACUCCGCCCACUGCACUCAAACUCUUGCCCUGAUUGGUCAAUUAUGGGCUAAGUACCACCUCUCUCUUUCUCUCCUCUUGCUCUUUCUCCCUCUUUCUCUUUUUGGGGCGAUUUGGUGCAGUGGUGUUCGAGACGUGGAAAUGGACCACUACAUUUUUGGGGACGGGGGAGGGGAGGAGGAGAGAAGAGGAGGUGAAGAGGAGGAGAAAGAUGAGGAGAAGGAGAAGCGCUAAUGGCUGAUCUCAUCAGCUAGAUAAACUACAAACCUGGAUAGCAGAAUGCCCUACUUACGUGCUACGGAAUGCCUUUUUCGAGUCUUUAAGAUUACUUUUUCUGAUGAUGACAAAGCAUUUCCCCCCCACCUUUUCUCCAGGUAGCCUUGCCUGCUGAUGGCUACCCAUAAGCCCCCUCUAUCAGUCUGUGAAGCCCCCCCCCCCCCAUGCUGACCACAAUCUACUGUUUGUUUGUCAGUUUAAUGUUUGUUUAUUUGUUUGUUUAAAAUUCUAUACCCACAAUGCACCAGCAAUCGUCUGGAUAGAUUGUUGUACAGACUCAAAACAAGAUUAGCAUCUAUUUUUCUCCCUCAAUCCAUCUCUUUCUCUCAUAAGUUCUUAGUCUCUCUCAUUUCUACUCAGUCUCUCUAUCUGUCAAUCUCUCUUUAGCUCUGCAUCUCCUGUAUCUUUAUGACUCUUUCUCACUGUGUGUUUGUAGGUUAAUUAAAUUAGUGAAAGAUGCAGGGGUCAAUACUUGAUUUUUUGGGACAUGAAGCAGACAUGUAGAGGGAGAGGCCUAGGGACUGGGGCUGGGGAUGAGGACUGGUGCUGGUGAUAAGGAUGAGGACUGGGGAUGAGGACUGAGGCUCCGGCUGAGAUGUGAAUGUGUUGGUAGCAAUUUGACUGAGCGUGUAGGUCAUACGCGUCAUGGUAGCUGAGUAGUUAGCCAGACCACAGAAUCUCUUCAUGGAAGAUAGCAUUAUAUGACCAAGAGGUUCUGUCCGGGGUCAUGGGUAAUUAAGUUUUAUCCAGGAAAUGAAUUGAAAUAAACAUGAGACUUUCGAAAAGCUCUGAAUGUGACUGACAUGGUAGCAUGUACAACAGCAAUGCACGUAGCGAAGCUGAUGAAGUCGACAAAUGUGUGAAGCUGAAAGAACGGUGGAGUCACCUGAGGAAAACAACACUGUAGUAAAAAGAGAUCUUGGUGGUUUAGCUCCAUGUUGACAUUGUUAAAUGGUAGACUACAAUAGGCCUAUACCUGUUUGCUUUCUCACUGUGACUACAAACCUCCCAUUACAUCUUGGAGUUGUAGCUUUCGUUUUCAAGAAGCCAUUGAUUUACUUAACUUUACUUGUGUUUUUUCCCAAGCUCCUUUACUUGUCAAUUGUCUGAAUGAAAUGUGGGUUGGAUGUUGGUUUGUUACUUUUCUAUUAUUUUUUUUUUUUUGAAGUGUUGAAGUUUUUACUGUUAGGGUCAAGGUGUGUCACUUCCUGUGUAUGUAGCUAAGAUAGAUCACAGAGUGUGUAAACAUGACUGGAACCUGAAGACUCGUGUUAGCUUCAAGCGCACAGCCAAUGUAAAGCCAAUGAGCAAAUGGACCAUGGACGCUAACUUAGACCAUGGCAUGCCGAUAAUGGGCUACUGCAAGCUUGCUAGCUAGACGAGAUCCUACAGAAAAUACAAUCAAAAAGAUAAACUGUAAAAACAAAAUAUAAAAAAUAAAAACUGGGCUGUGUGUGGGGAAAGUGUUGAAGCAACAUUUGCUGUACUUGUCCAGUGUUUUGUCUGUACCAAGCUGAACAAAAUCUGCUGUUCUUGACAAAGAAAUGUUGACCUGAGAUUUGAUGGUGUUGUGUUAAUGCUGUUUCUGUUCCUGUUGAAAACAGACUCCUUCAGUGAGAGAGUUCGGCCAAAUGCAGACAAUGGGACCACGUUGCUGCCUCUGGAUGAUUCACUGUUGCCAAAGGGUACUAACAUGGCUGCCGUUAGGCUAUGGGAUGUCAUAGUUCAAACUGUAUUGGCCAAACUUUCUCCAAGGUCUCUGAUUGAAUUCUGACAUCGGUAAGCUGUAUGUGCUUCUGGUUCUGAAUCUCCAACUGACUACUUCAAGUAAGACUGGAUCAGUUUUUGUAAAACUGAAUUACCUUUGACUGUGCAAAUGUACAAUCCUCUCUCUCUCUCUCUCUCUCUCUCUCUCUUUCUCCAUCUGUCACUCUCACCCUACAAUCUCUACCUACAAUCUCCCUCUUUCCUUAACCCCUGCCUAUCUUUCCACCUUCUCUCUUCUCUGGUUUCUCUCUCCCUGGUCUCUCUCUUUCCCGGUCCGUCUGCGGCUCGACCUGUUGCAUGGUAAACGAGGAAGGCAGUGGAGAUAUGCAUGUGGUACUGUAGGCUAUGUGUAUCAAAACAAAAACAAGAAGAAAAACAUUUAUUAUGACGGUAAAUUAACCGCUAUCUUUACAUAAAUAUAUAUGCAAAAGAGUUUGUCUGCACUGUACAGUUUGUGUCUCUCAAUUGUAUACACAGAUACAACAUAUUGAAUAAAGUAUUUCUAUAAAGGA